AACAUUAAAUCACGUGUAUAUUGUGUUGGCUUAAAAAGGCUUUUGCCAUUAAUUGAUUAACAAAGUCAAUUCUUUGAAUAAUUAAAAGCGUAGAGAAAGAAGAGAGAGAACAAAGAAAAAAUUAUCCCUUAGAAUAAGUUUAGAAAGUUAAUUUUUCCAUAAAUUUCAUUUCGUAUUAAUUUUAAUCAAUAACCAAAAAAAUAAAAAAAAAAAAGUAGAGAGAAAGAAACUUUAAUGGAAGCUACAAUAAAACUAUAGUUCACGGUUCACUUGAAAUAAUUACUCAUGAAUUAAAAUCUGUCACACACGCAUACACGCGCACAUUGGUGCCGUCUAACGGUUGUCACGCCUUGCCGCCUUCAAAUUUUUAAAGAUGCCCUUGAAGAGUGAUCGGGAAAUUUUGGAAAAUUCAAUGCAUGAAGAUGAUCCGAACUGUAAUUCAUCAUUACAACCGGGUUUUAUAGAGAAAACGGCUCCCCGUUGGGGUCCCCAGAAUAAAGGUGCUCAAGAACUCGCGAAUCUUUAUAGCCCCGGAAAACGUGCUCAGGAAUUAAUUUGUGUUUACACCUGCAUUGCAUUAAUGAUUAUUGACUUUAUUUUAAUUUUGAAACAUUUACGUUUCGAUCGAAUAUGCGUCACUUUUGUGUCAGCAUUUUUUGGUAUCAUAACGGCGGAUUUUGGUUCCGGUCUCGCUCAUUGGGCUGCUGAUACGUGGGGCUCAAUAGACUUGCCCGUUUUAGGGAAGCAUUUUUUACGCCCAUUUCGUGAACAUCAUUUGGAUCCAACUUCAAUAACGCGUCAUGAUUUCAUUGAAACAAACGGUGAUAAUUUUAUGGUCAGUAUACCGAUGUUAGGUUUUCUGGCCUAUAAUUUUAAUACAAAAUCGUAUAGCGACAUACAACAAGACUUUGGAUGGAUUUCAUAUUUAUUCUUACUCUCAAUAUUUGUGGCAAUGACCAACCAGAUUCAUAAAUGGUCACAUACUUACUGGGGCUUACCGAAAUGGGUGCUUUUGCUGCAAAGUUACCAUAUCAUUUUGCCCCGCAAACAUCAUCGCAUUCAUCACGUUGCACCGCAUGAAACAUAUUUUUGCAUUACAACGGGCUGGUUGAAUUGGCCAUUGGAAAAAUUCAGAUUUUGGUCAACGUUAGAGUGCCUUAUUGAAUAUAUGACAGGAUUAAAACCACGAGAUGAUGACCUUAAGUGGGCUAAAAAAAUGACGUAAUUGUUUAUAUGUUAACAUCUGGACCAAUCUUCAACUUUUAACCAUUAACACACUUGCUUGUACGUAAAACCCACACACAUACACAUAAAACAAUUUUGACAGUAAACGAAUUGCACUUGCAAAAAGAAUAAUAUAUUCUUUUAACAUGUAUAAGUUGUUGUCCACAUGGCUGAAUGUACAAAAUAAUAAUGACAGUAAAGAGAUGACGACUUACACAAUCCCAUAAACCGCUUACGGUUAUUUAUUAAUGUUGUUAAUUCAAUUUUCAAGAAAAGCAAAUCAGAAGAAAAUAUUUUAUAAACUUUCAUUUUAAAGAAGCGAUUUUUCUUUUUUUAAUUAUUUUUAGACAUAGUUCACUUUUGGUUUGAUCCAUGAACACGGUUUGCCUUUUCAUUUUAUUAUAUUUUGUGAAGCAGAAAAACUUUCUAGAUCUUAACAAAAUUUCUUAUUAUUGAAAAGUAACUUGCGAAAUGGAAGUUAAUCCACGCAUAAGAGAUUCGAGUACUUUAGUUGAUCUGUUCUCAAUGAAAUUGAAUUAAUUUAAAAACAAAUUUUACCAAAUAAUUUAAUUGUAUCCUUUUGAUACUCUAUACCUUUGUGAUUUUCAGUUUUAGAAGUACAAAUAAGAUGUUUUGAUAUCAAAUUGUACAAUUCCAGGUGAAUCCUCUCUGAGGAACGGGUUGAUUGUGGCAUUGGGACGGUGUUGUAUUGUUCGCCAAUAGCUUUUAAAAAAUCAAUUUUAAAAAAUAUUUUUCGAUCACACUUUUUCACAAAAAUAAAGGUUGUGGAAAUGUUGUCAUCAACUAAUUUAAAACGAAAAAUCUGCCUUGAAAUAUCAAAACUACUAAUAUUUUCUUUUAUACCACAUGGCGAUGUUAAGAGAAAUUAUAAGUAAUAGCUUUAAAGUUUAUAUAUAAUUAAUUACUAAAAAAA